AAUAUGUAGUUAUCCAUAAAAAAGGACAGAGAGACGUCCUUUCUUUUUGCUUUAUCGAUUUCUUCUUCUCCUCCUCGUCGCAUCAGCAGCGUGGACUUUUUAUUCCUCUUAUUUCCAGAUCCACCAAAAAGCCGAAGAAACAAGCACCAGACCAAAACUAGCAAACUGGACACCAGAAUAGACACACAGAAAACAAGACCGAGAUCAAAUGACUGAAAAUGGAAAGGAUCAUCAGCAGCCAAAACAGCAACAACCAUCAUCACCUUCCAAAUCAUUGUCUUCCCGCCCGACCACCAUAACACUACCUCCACGUUCCUUCACCGAAACAUUCUUUUCCAGUGGAGCCCCUGGUACCCUGGGCUUCAGUCCAGGCCCUAUGACUCUUCUCUCAAGUUUCUUCUCCGACUCCGACGACUGUAAGUCUUUCUCUCAGCUUCUCGCCGGCGCCAUAGCCUCCCCUAAUUUCAAAACUCCCGAUGACAAGAGCUCUGCCGGUGACUUUAGCAGUUCAUCGAGCUUGUCCAUCGUCCCUCCCCCGCCGAUGUUCUCGAUGCCGCUGGGGCUUAGUCCGGUGUCUCUUCCUGAUUCACCGGGGUUCGGACUCUUUUCUCCUCAGGGCUUUGGAAUGACACACCAGCAGGCGCUAGCACAGGUCACGGCUCAUGCUGCGCAAGCCAAUUCAAUUAUGCAUGUUCAACCUGAAUAUUCGACACCGGCAAUGUCUUCGACCUUUACGAGCACUCCUGGAGCACACCAGCAGCAGCAGAUGGUACGCUCAGUAGCGGAUUCUAGAGAGAAAAUACAGGAACUCUCGGACUUCUCUCGGUCUGAUCAGAGGUCUGAAUCUUCUUCGCUGGCUGUUGAUAAGCCUGCUAAUGAUGGAUACAACUGGAGGAAAUAUGGGCAGAAACAUGUGAAAGGAAGUGAGUAUCCUAGAAGUUAUUAUAAAUGUACACAUCCUAAUUGUCCUGUGAAGAAAAAAGUUGAGCGAUCUCUUGAUGGUCAAGUAACUGAAAUUAUCUACAAGGGGCAACACAAUCAUCAGCCACCGCAAUCCAAUAAGCGUGGAAAGGAUACUGGAGGCUUAAAUGGCAAUUCAAACAGUCACGGGAAUUCUGAAUUGGAUGGAAAUGUCAGCAAAGAGAGAGAUAGGAAGGAUCAGGAAUCCAGUCAAGCUACACCUGAACAUGUAUCUGGGAUGAGUGACAGUGAGGAAGAUGGUGAUACUGAAGCUGGUGGUGAAGUUGAUGAAGACGAGCCCGAUCCUAAGAGAAGAAGUACAGAGGUUAGAGUGACAGAGCCAGCUUCUUCACACAGGACUGUAUCGGAGCCCAGAAUCAUAGUGCAGACAACCAGUGAAGUUGAUCUCUUAGAUGAUGGCUAUAGAUGGCGCAAGUAUGGGCAGAAAGUUGUCAAAGGCAAUCCUUAUCCAAGGAGCUACUAUAAAUGCACAACCGCAGGAUGCAAAGUUCGUAAACAUGUCGAGAGGGCUGCAGCAGACCCAAAAGCUGUCAUAACAACCUAUGAGGGCAAACAUAAUCACGAUGUACCAGCAGCUAAAAAUAGCAGCCACAACACAGUCAAUAGUAAUGCAUCUCAUCUGAAACCACAAACUCUGGAGAAGCAUGCAUCAAACAACAGCAACAGUCAACAGCCUGCAGCACGUCUACGGUUAAAAGAAGAGCAGAUAACAUAGCUUUUCUGACUUGGUAUCAUAGGAGGAAGAUAACAACAAACGUUUACCAUGAACCGGGGAAUGGCUGUAACUUAUCUUUUCUUGGAGGCCAUUACUUUGAUGAAUGCCCCCCAUGUAACCACCUGCCCGAUAUACUAAAGAUGAAGCAAUACCAAAAGAGACGAAAACAAGCUUUCUUAUUGUAUGUCAAACAGUUCACCAGACACAAACUUCCUUGAAAAUAUAUUCUGUGCAUUCUUUUGUACAUAGAAAUAUGAAAUUAAUGUUUCAUAUAAUUGUUUACCACUUUCAGCAUUUGGAAUUUCA